AUGCCCCGGGCGUCGCCCAAGAUCAUCGUGUACACAACGUCGCUCCCGACCACGCACAAGAUUCGCGCCGACGUGGAGCGUCUCGGCGCCCUGUUGGCUGCCCUGGCACUCAAGAUCGGCAUCGAGUACGAAACGGUGGACCUCACACAGACGCCGCACCGGCGCAGCGAGAUGCUGCUGGCGAGCGACGGGAACUCCGUGCUGCCGCAGCUACACGUAGACGGGAAGUUCGUUGGAUCGUGCGACGACGUGCAAGAGAUGGAGGACUUCGGAGAACUCAGGCCCAUCCUGCUGGGCGAAACGCCAGCGCCGCAAGCGUAG